CCAAUGGACCUUGACACUCUGCGCACACUGAAAACAAUCAUCAUCACACCCCAACACAACUUCCAGCUGAAGCCCACAGUGCUGACUGAGAAAAUUCUCUGAUGAGGACGACAGGUCAUCGUCUGAAGUAGCCAUGGUGUCAACUGACAGUCUGACGACAUGUUUAUUAGAGGUAAUCCUGUCACACCUGGCCUUAACCUGUGCCUUCGUCUUGGCCGCUCUCGCUGUCAUCCGCCGCUACAUCAGAGAUUCCUACAAGGUUGAUGGCUUCGCCCAGAAGUAUGUGUUUAUCACAGGUUGUGACAGCGGCUUUGGGAAUCUGGUAGCCAGGCAGCUGGAUAAAAAAUGCUUCCACGUCAUAGCUGCAUGUCUCACAGAGAAAGGUGCAGCAGAUUUGGCAGCAGCAGCCUCCCCCAGACUGAAGACUCUCCUGCUGGAUGUUACAGACAGCGGGAGCAUCAGGAGGGCGGUGGAGUUUGUGAGCAAAGAGGUCGGAGAUGGAGGUCUGUGGGGUCUGGUGAACAAUGCCGGCAGGUCUGUACCCAUCGGCCCAAUAGAAUGGAUGCAGUUAGAGGAUUUCACAAAGGUUCUGGAUGUGAAUCUGAUCGGCCUCAUUGAUGUGACGCUCCAGUUUCUGCCUCUUCUGAAAAAGGGCCAGGGCAGGGUGGUUAAUGUGGCCAGUAUUCUGGGCAGACUGUCUUCCGUUGGUGGAGGAUACUGCCCGUCCAAAUUUGGAGUGGAAGCCUUCUCUGACAGCCUCAGGAGGGACAUGCGGCCCUUUGGCGUCAAAGUAAGCAUUAUUGAGCCUGGUUUCUUCAAGACGGCUGUUACCAGGCCAGAUAUUAUUGAAGCUGACCUGAGGAGACUGUGGACCCGCCUCCCUCAAGAUGUCAAAGACUCCUAUGGAGACACAUACUUUGGUGAAUAUGUGAAAGCUCAGGACUUCUCUUUGGGCCUCCUGUGCAGCUCAGAUCUCUCCAAGGUGACCAGUUGUAUGGAGCACGCGCUGACAGCUCUCUUCCCACGCACACGUUACAGUGCAGGCUGGGAUGCCAAAUUAUUAUGGAUUCCUCUGUCGUACCUCCCUACAUUUGUGUCAGACUUUACAAACACUAUGUUGUUUCCUCCACCUAAGGAUAUAAGAAAUGCCCACUAAACUAAACAGAGAAAUUGUUAAAAUAAAAUAUAUUGUGACAAUC